AUGAGAAGAAAGCCCGAGCGGUUAUGGAGUAGCCAAGGGGCACGGAGUUAUGCUCGCGUCUGCUCAUUUUUCGAUGUCAACGAUAGCUACUGUUUUGUUGAUGACAAACCACGAACGUUCGAGCAGAGACUUUGCUCAUCAGAGAUUGGGAAAAAAGCGGCUCCAAGGAAUUCGUGGAUUGCACCUCCCAGGAUAUCUGCGGGCAUACUGCUAUCCGUUGCCCUAUCAUCGCUGAUGUUGGUGACCAUUCGGCUUAUUCGAACUAGAUUUUCAGUAGAGUUCAACACGCUUUUCUGA